UAAUUGAAAGUGAAUGAAUUAUGUUCUCCAGAAGAAUCAGGAAGUGAUAAGUCAGAAAACUGUUGAGAAAUUUCCAACAUUGAACAUUUUAUUGUGACAACUGCGAACUUGACGUGAAAAUGGCUGGAAAUAAUCCUGAGGGGUACGUACGAACAUUAGGAGAAAAAAUCAAUGGUUUGGCCCUGAAAAGUGGGCGUUCAAAAUCCCCGGACAUUGAAUUAUCAUACCGCGGAAAGCCAGAGGGAAGGGUUCUGGUACUCUACACAGGAGGAACCAUUGGAAUGAUCAGAAAUGCUACAGAUGCAUUGGCACCAGUUCCAAACCAAUUCGUUAAAGCAGUGAAGCAAUAUCCCCAUAUGUACGAUCGUGAACAUGCCACCAAGAGAUUUGGGAGUUCAGGAUUAUUAGCAUUGCCAAUGACAGCCACAGACAGUCGACGAGUUAUUUACGACAUAAGAGAGUACUCGCCGCUAUUGGACUCGAGCAAUAUGACAAUGAACGAUUGGAUCAAAAUUGCUAAAGAUAUCAAAGACUCUUACGAAUUUUUUGACGGCUUCGUCGUUCUCCAUGGGACAGAUACCCUGAGUUACACCGCAUCAGCGCUCUCAUUCAUGCUGGAAUCACUGGGUAAGCCGGUCAUAAUAACCGGAUCCCAAUUACCAAUUUUUGACACACGGUCUGACGGCCUCCAGAAUUUCCUCGCCUCGUUGAUAAUCGCCGGCAAUUACAGCAUCCCUGAAGUCUGCGUCUUCUUUGGAAGCGCCCUGAUGCGGGGAAAUCGAACGAGUAAAGUCUCUGCAGCAUCAUUCGAAGCUUUUGAGUCGCCAAAUGUUCCAAACCUGGCAACUGCUGGGAUUAAAAUUCAAGUGGACUACCAAUCGAUCUUUCGUCCCUGUGGUAUGGAAAAAUUCCACGUCCACACGACAUUGAAUCGUAACGUGGGGCUUCUACGGAUCUUUCCUAGUAUAACUGUGGAGUUGGUGAGGGCUUUCUUGCAGCCUCCGAUCGAGGGAGUUGUCCUGCAGACUUUUGGAGCUGGCAAUAUUCCAAUCAAUCGACAUGACAUUGUCCAGGAGUUGAGAAAUGCUACGAGUCGAGGAGUUCUUGUCGUCAAUACCACACAGUGCUCCAGGGAUGGAGUCACUCCUGCUUAUGAGUCUGGGAAAUUGCUCGUUGAUGCUGGAGUUACUGUGGGUUAUGACAUGACCCCAGAGGCUGCCCUCACAAAAUUAUCGUAUGUUUUAUCGAAGACAGAGUGGGAUAUUCAGAAAAAAAGGAAAAUGAUGGAAACCAAUUUGAGAGGGGAAUUAACUACUUGCGAAAGAGUGAAUUUCCAGGAUCGCCAACUGUUUCUGAACUGGUUAGGACUUAUUACUGAGACUGAAUUGAAUAAAUUGGGUCCCAUAAUUUUCCCAGCGAUGCUCAUUGAAGCCGUCAUAGCGAAGGACGUUGAGAAACUCGAACUACUGCGACUCAAUGGUGCGGAUAUAUCACAGCCCAGUCCAGAUGGAAGAACAGCUCUUCACAUUGCUUGUAACAUAGGGAACAUUGAUAUUGUUCGUAAAUUACUGGAAAUGGGAGCAAAUGUUCAUAUGAAGGAUUUACUAGAUCGAACACCGCUCACUGAAGCUAUAGAAAAUCAUUAUGAUGAGAUAAUAAAACUACUAAUUCAAUGCGGUGCUCACCUCCACGAAGACCCCUUGCGAAUAGGAGAGAAGUUAUGUUCAGCAGGAGCGAACGGAGACGUAAAAAGUUUGCACUCACUUAAAUCUGCUGGAGCAAAUUUAAACCAAGCAAAUGCAUCUGGACUCACAGUACUCGAGCAAGCAGUCAUCCAUGACAAGCCUAAAGUAGUCGAAUUCUUGUUCGACCACCACGUCGAUCCUAACAUCACAAAUAAACGUGGUUUAACAUCACGUCAGAUUGCUGAACUACUCGACUGUCAGGAAGUCCUAAAAUUACUCCCUCCACCCACCACGAAUAGCAUCGAAACCUGAAUUCAUAAUGAAGAAAUAACGCACGUUUUUUUUCUUUUCUCUGAACAAUUGUUUUCAAUGGAAUAUUGUACUUCUUGAAGUGUCAAGAGAAAGCAAAAAUACGUCUCUAUUUUUUUUACGCUGCGUGCACUUGAACAAUUGAAAGUUCCGACUGUCAUGAUGAUUCUGCGACGCUGAGAAUGUUAGGUAAAUGAAUGUUGAGAAGGAAAUAUUUAUGUAACAAGUUUAAUUUCAAUGUUCAACGUUCGUAUUUAUAUUCACAAAAUGUUAAUAAACAUUUCAAUUUUUUACCGUC